CAGUUUAUUUCUAAAAACCAACAGUUCAGUGUUUGUAUUAUUGAUUUUUUAAAAUCAUAGCAGGGUAAACAGAACCUGCAUUGAAUUUAUUUGACGCUAAAUUUCCAUGACCUUUGUGUGGCAAUUAUUUAAACAAAUAAGUCAACAUUACUUAAUUAAAUGAGUUUUCAAAGCGUUACCACACUUCUGCUAAAUAACAACUUGUGUUUGGUUAAAUUGAGUUUGUUUUUUCAGGGACAAUCAUUUUUUAAAAUUUUAAUUAGAAUAAAAGGUGCGGUUCAGUGAAAAUGAGUGAUGAAGAAUACGUGAAGCCCAUUAAACUGAAAGAUUUCUCUUUUGAAAGUAGCGGGGGCCCCGCGAGGGAAAGGCAAAAAUCAGUUGACACCGCGCCGUCAUCCCCCAUGAAGGAAGGGCAGGCCUUCACGUUUGAUAAAGCUCCUGAUAAGUUGGGGUUUCACAGUUCCCAAGAGGACGAGGAGCCCUAUUUUACCAAACCAGCUGUCAGUUACACUAGACAAAGGGCUAAUACAGUGUCUGAGGGGACUACUUUGUCAAGCCAAACUAUCACUGACACCAAAACUCCUACAGUAUUCCGAUGGGAAGGUGGAGGAAAAGAUGUGUGCAUCUCAGGCACAUUCACUAACUGGGCCACCAUUCCUAUGGUAAAAAGCCACGGAGACUUUGUAACAAUUAUAGAUCUGCCCGAAGGCGAACACCAAUACAGAUACUUCGUGGAUGGAGAGUGGAAAAACGACCCGCAUUACAAAAUAGUCGAAAACGAAUCAACAGGUAAAGGCGAGAAAAAUAACAUGAUAACUGUCAAGAAAUCGGACUUCGAAGUGUUCCAAGCGCUGGACAAGGACCAGGAGAGCGGCAAAGAGGAUCCCCAAAAAGAAUUUUCCCAAGAAAUUCCCGUUUAUAAGCCGUGGGAGAAAAGCAGCGGCCCGCCCAUUUUACCGCCCCAUUUGUUACAAGUUAUAUUGAAUAAAGAUACGCCAUUAUCUUGCGAACCUACCCUGUUACCUGAACCGAAUCACGUGAUGUUAAAUCAUUUGUAUGCCUUGUCGAUUAAAGAUGGCGUUAUGGUGCUUAGUGCCACCCAUAGGUAUAGGAAAAAGUAUGUCACCACCCUGCUUUACAAACCGAUCUAAGCAGUAUUUUUGUUUGUGGUUAUUUGUUCAUUGCUUUUUAGUUGACAAAAUGUUCUGUUAAGGAGCCUUAUCAGAGGGUAUUAAUUUGUAGUAAUAGGUAUUAUAAUUUAUUGUUUCAAGGUUUAUAUUAAGAAUUGUUCUGUUAAUAUUAAGAAGAAAAUAUAUUUUAUAAAAGAAACAAAAAAAA